AUGGGAGGAGGCUCCAACGGAGCAGCGCUUGGCGCGGCGACCGCUGCUGCUGCGACAAGCGAGGCGGCCGGCGAUGCGCCUGCGCUGCAGGUCAUUGUCUUGGGCGCUGGUGGAGGGCCUUUAGAGAAUAAUGUGACCGCCUUUCUUGUGCGCUCGGUUGCGACAGGCUGGGCCAGAGGCUCGCUUGUCGCUGUCGACGCCGGCGUCCAUCUCAGCGCCAUAAAAACGAUUUUAGAGGAAACACAGCCAGCCAGCUUGGGGCAACCCGAUGGCCCGCCACUCCCUCAUAUCCUCACCACAGGCCCCUUCGCCGGGCUCGAGGUUCACAAUACCACAGCAGAGGCGAACGCUGCACAAAUUCACAAAAGUUUGAUAGAAACCUAUCUGAUCACCCACCCUCAUCUCGACCACAUCGCCGGCUUUGUCGUAAACACGGCCGGCUUACCGGGCACUCGACCCAAGCGCGUGGCAGGACUGCCGAGCACCAUCACUGCUCUCAAGACACACAUCUUUAACAAUGUUAUAUGGCCAAACCUCAGCGACGAAAACAAUGGCGCCGGGUUAGUAACCUACAUGCGUCUAGUCGAGGGUGGCUCCCCCGCCCUUGGCGAAGGGGAAGGGAAGGGCUAUCUCGAGGUUUGCGGCGGUCUCGCCGUCAAAGUAUGGAGUGUCAGUCACGGCCACUGCAUCGAAAGGCACAGUCAUCGUGGUAGCAGCAGCACCCGUCACGGCAGCUUCGACGCCUCGUCAACAGGGCUUGGGCCUGUGCAGAGCAUGCCGUCUCCUGCUCGCAACCUCCCACCGCACACAUCCUUACCCACCAACAUCGGCGCUAUCCUGCAGCAGCACGAACGCCUCCAGACUUCCUCCGGUGGAAGGCGCGGCAGUUCGUUUUCGGGGGCGCCGCCGGUUGACGAGUCGGUCUGUGUUUACGACAGCUCGGUCUACUUCAUCCGAGACAUAUCCACGGGGCGCGAGAUUCUCAUAUUCGGCGACGUUGAGCCGGACAGCAUCAGUUUAUCACCACGAAACAGACAGGUCUGGCAGGAAGCCGCGCCCAAGAUUGCCGCUGGAAAACUCUCCGCCAUCUUCAUCGAGUGCAGCUACGACGACUCGCGGAGCGUGGAACGUCUGUUCGGCCAUCUCACACCACGAUUCAUCUACGAGGAGAUGACCGCCCUCGCCGAGGAGGUCGUAGCCGCGCGACAAGCCAACAAAAGGGCCAGCAGCACUAGCGGCGGCGAGAAGAAGCGCAAGCGCGUCGUCAGCGACGCUGCCUCCCAGGCCAAGCGCAAAAGCACCUCGCAGCCCGGAACCCCCCGCCACAUCGACACGCCCCUCUCCCCCCGGAGCCUCGACCCCCGCCGCGGCGUCGACUCCACCACCAGCUCCGUGUCGCGCGCCUCCAGCUUCGACCACACCCAAGAUCUCUUCCUCCCCAAAACCCUCAACCCCCUCCCGGCCCACCCCCUCCGCAGCGCCAUCACCUCCGAGUGGGUGUACGUAUAG